GGGAGGAUGGGGCCGUCCCUUGGAGCACCAGGCAGAACCCAGUUUUAUCCAACAAGCCGGUGAAGGUGGUUUGUUUUUUGGUCAGGUACAGGGAACUCACGGUCACGCCAACUCCUCCUACAGUCCUGUGAACUUUGGACAUUCCGCAACACCGCUUCCACGGACGCUGGGAAAACUAUCGGAUACGCCGGCCCGAGAAACACCGUUCAGGAUGAAUGAAGGGGAGAUGACGCUCGGGCCGGAACACAUCGGCUUCUACCUGCCGGAGUACAAGACGCUCGCGAGGUUGUACUGCUUGAACGGCGGAUACCAUCUCCGAAUACGGCCGGACGGGACCGUGGAUGGAGAACGGGAGGAGGCCGACGUGUACACCGUGCUGAAGACGACGGCGGUGAGCGUCGGGGUGGUGGUCAUCGAGGGCGUGGAGGCGGGGCGCUACCUGGCCAUGGACAAAGAGGGUCAGCUGUACGGAUCGAAAACAGUGAACGAGGAAUGCCGCUUCCAGGAGAAGAUCGAGGAGAACAACUACAACACGUACCGGUCCCAGGGGUCCGGAGAGGGGCGCUGGUACCUGGGCCUCAAAAAGAGCGGACAGCCCAAGAGGGGGACGAGGACGCGCCUCGGGCAGAAGGGCGUCUACUUCCUGCCCCGACAGGCAGGCGGGGCGGGAGGGGAGGGGGAAGGGGACCGAGCGAAUGCCAAAUGA